AUGGUUUUUUUGUUCACAGAUUGGCGCGCACCGAUGACGGACGAAACGGAGGCGGCGCGAAGGCGUCCGCCACCUCCGCCCCCUCGGCCCAGCAGCUAUGGCACGCAGAUAAGUCCGCACCACGGGAACCAAAUGAGUCCACAGCAUGUUACUCAUGUUAGCACACAACAAGGUGCUCAGAUGAGUAACCAGCACGGCGCUCAGAUGAGUCCACAGCAUGGCGCUCUGAGGAGUCCACAGCAUGGUGCACACAUGAGUCCAAAACACAGUGCUCAACUCGCAAUUCAACCUGUGCGACCUCCGGAGCCGCGGCCGCGGACCCAGCCCCCGCCACGUCUAAUCCGACCGUCCGAACACCUUGCCAUCGUCGAACGCUCACGAGAACGUCGUGCACCCCCACUAACACCAACAGUGGCCAUCGUGCACGGGCCUCGUCCGUCAGUACCAGUUUCCCAAACUCCCUCUUCACACCACACUGCUUUAGUUCCGCACGUACCUUCGCCUAUCCAUGGUCUCCUGGCUCACUAUACACACCCAACUCCAUAUGUACCUUCUACUCCACCCGCGUUGCGGCCACGGGCGCCCCCACCGAUGAGAAUGCCAGCGCCGGUUCCGCCAACUAUGAUGAGGUUGCCACAACCAAGGAGAGAUGUUCAGACUAUUAAAGGGGAGUGCGAACUCAAUUUGAGAACCGCGAAAACACCGCUGAUAUUCCGAGAAAGGCAACGGAUCGAGUACGUGAAAAAUAGCACAUUACGUGCGCCCAAUAAGCACGCCGAGUAA